GCAGUAUUCUGUACUCCGUUACGUUUGUUUAUGUCGAUUCACGUCGAUUAAGUCAUGUCAUUUUCCUUGUCAUCGUCGUGAUAGAUUUUCAAAGAAUGGAAUUUAAUUUGUAUAAAUGAUAAAUAAUUUUUCGACGUGCAUCAUGACAUGACAUGCCUGUCAAAUCACUGAAUAAAACAUCAAAUAAGCAAAUACGCACGUACUUUUAGCUAACAUAAUUUUUAAUUUAAAAAAAUGGCCCAUGUCAAUCAAGGUCAAGGAAUCGGGGAGGCUGUGGAUUUUUUGACGAAGUUUCAUAAUAUUUCGAAUAAAUUGAAAAAACGAUUUCUGAGGAAGCCAAACGUCGCAGAGGCAUGCGAUCAAUUUAGUGCCUUAGCUACUGAAUGUGAACAGAAGGAAUUGUGGCAAUAUGCAGGCUUAUGUUGGUUGGCAGCUGCUAGAUGCCAAGGCACAUUAGAAAAUACCUCCUCGGAAAUAAAUCUUCUAGUAAAAGCGGGAAGGCAAUUCCUUACAGCCGAGAAAAAAGAUAACGACAUAGGAUGUCCCUCCAUAGGCCAAGAGAACAUACAGGCAGCUGUGAGUUGCUUCGGCCAUUCCAUGGCUAGAUGUAGCAAUCAACCAGGAUUUAAUACAAUUUCUGCUGGUUUAUCAGUAGAAUUAGCAUUAGCGUUGGGCCCAGGUCCUGCUGGUAUCCAACAGUUGCGCAAAGCAAUUGAUAUCUUUCCUACGUCAAAAGCUAUCAAUACCUUAGUAUCUUUUCAUAUAAGACAGGGAGAUUAUGUAGCUGCGCUACAGAUACUCAAUGAAUUUGUAGAAUUUGUAGAAGCUUGUGUUGUGGCUGGUGCCAGAGGAAACUAUAAUGCUAUUCUACAUAGGUGCGAAGUGACGCGAGUACUUUUACUGCUCAUUCUUCAGCCAUCACCCCAGAGAUUGACACCAUCGCUUGCCCAGGUCCUCGAAAAGUACGCUUGGGCAGAAGAAAAUGUGAACAACGGUCUUAAUAUGAGCGAGGAUGAAUUAUUAUUGCUACAAUCUUUGGUAUUAGCGUGUCAGUCUCAUGAUCAUCAAGCAGUCUUGGAACUCGAGAGCGAAUUAUAUCCUUACUUUGAUACAGAGCAAAAGGAACUGUUGCAUAAAUUAAUACAAGUAAUAUCAGCGCAGUAAAUAUACAAUAAUGCUACGAA